AUGUCGAAAAUCUCCGACGAAAGAAGCAAGACAGGAAUUAUUCGCAAGGAGGGCUCGAUGCGCGAUAAACUCCGAUUGAAAAUACGGCAGAGAAUUCAUAACUUGCCGAGCGGGGAAGGAGAUGAAAAUGUUAACACUCUGAACCAAGCAGAGUCGGUCAGAACUCGGCGCGAUCAUGGUAGGAAAGCUUCGUCCCGAGAUGAGGUACAGACUGUAAAAGAAUUACUUUCCAAUGAUUCGAACUCCAAACACGGUAAAAAGGAAUACGACGGCCAUAGAAAAACCAGAGAACAUUCACAACAUUUCGGAGAGACCAGAAACCGAGAGGUCCUUGGAAGGAAUCGCAGAAACACGCUUACCGACCGGAGGAAAGAGACAGAUGGUACAAGACCACGGGUGGAAAAUCCCAACGGCAGGCCUUUGGGGGAAUACCCCAGGGGUAAGCCGCAUCGCAGAGAUGAAGUACUCCCUAAAGAUAAGUCGAGCUGUGAAGGUGAAGGGUCUUUAAGGAGAUACAUCAAAGAUAAGCCUUACCCCAAGGAUAGGUCACACCCCAGAGAUAAAACAAACCGCGGGGAUAUGUCAAACCCCGUGGAUAUGUCUGUACCUCACGGCUCGGGUAACAAGGAAAACUUUGACACGAGACAUAAUACGCAACGAGAUGAAAAUCACGGCGAGAGCAUCGGAGGUGGUCGGAGUAACAGUAAACUUCCCCUUUCUCCAAAGCCACAUAAAUUGCGACAACCGCUUCACAAGGAAGCGAAAUGCUCAUUGAAAUCACAGAAACAAGCUGCAUCGUCCGGUAAAAGUGAAUUUUUGUCGUCUCUGGUGAAAUUAAAGGACGCUCUACAGGCUCACAGUAAAGAUCAAAAGGUAACAGCAGGCGCUUUGAAAAUAAGAAGGGGAAAACACAAAAUAUUGUCUGGAUGA